AUGCGUUUUUUUUCGAGAUUUUCAGAAAAAGUUAGUCAAGCUGAACCAAAAAAAUUUCUUUUUCGAUUAUUAUUUUGAAUAAUAUUGGGUUAUGAGAACAGCGAGCGAAAAAAAAGAGGAAAACGUGGGAAAAAAUUUUCUGUUGGCGCCAAAAAUUCAAUUAGUUCUUUCUCAUUUUUUUGUGUUGCGAGAUUUUUUUUCGGUGCAAAAUUUUUUCAAUUUUUUUCCAAAAAUUUAUAUCCCUGAAAUUAUACGUUUCAAAAUUUGAUCAUAAUGUAUAAUAUGAGCAAUGUGGAGAAUUUACACGUGGAUUUUUGGAGUCAAAUUUUGAGGAAACGAAUUUCAACUUUCGCACUUUUACUUCUUAAUUUUUUGAAACAGUGAAAAUUUUCAAUUUUUUGAAAUUUCAAUUCCGCUAAAAAAUAUUUGCCACGUGGCAUGUUCGGUCUCAAAAUGUUCGAAAUUUCAUAGCGAAUUUUUUGGCACCAAAUUUUGAUCUACCAGAAAUUUUUCACAAAUACUCAAUUUUAAGCUGGAUAUUCCGGAUUUUCUGAAAAUCAAACUGGAUAUUCAGGAGCAUCCGAAGGUCAAACUGGACAAUCUGAAGCUUCUGAAGGUCAAGAUGGAAGGAUAGACCUCGGAUAUCUCGAAUAUAUCCAGGAAGAUCAGAAGCUUCCGAAGGUCAAGAUGGAAGAUCAGGAGCUUCCGAAGGUCAAGCUGGACAAUCUGAAGCUCCCGAAGGUCAAGAUGGAAGAUCAGAUCUCGGAUAUGGAUCUCAAGUAUAUCCAGGAAGAUCAGGAGCUUCCGAAGGUCAAGAUGGAAGAUCAGGAGCUUCCGAAGGUCAAGCUGAAUAUCCCGGAUCUUCUGAAGCUUGA